UUUACUUUUCCACAAAGCCAUGCUUAUGCCCACGUCAGCGUCUCGGGUCCGAUUCUCGUCGACGCUCUUGAGGCUCUCCAUUGCUUCGUUUUCGCCGACAGCUUAUAGGAUCAUGGCCUCGUCACCGUCGUCGCUUUCGCGAGCCUCGGUUUCGUUCGCGAAGCAGAAGCAGCGGACUCUGAGCUUAUCGUCGGCGCUUCCGUCGCUGAGCUGCUCGGCGCCAAGGUGGAGCCACGGCGUCGACUGGCGGGCACCGCUCAGCCUCCGCGUCCAGUCCCGGACCACCGCUCCGGGUCUCGAACGGCUCGAGCGAAAGCUAUCCACUCUCGCUUCUGAACAUGCGUUCAAGGGAAUAUUGACCAGUCUUCCCAAGCCUGGAGGUGGCGAGUUUGGGAAAUUCUAUAGUUUGCCUGCUCUGAAUGAUCCAAGAAUUGACAGGCUGCCAUACUCUAUAAGGAUACUUUUGGAAUCUGCUAUACGUAAUUGUGACAACUUUCAAGUUACCAAGGAUGAUGUUGAAAAGAUUAUUGAUUGGGAGAAUACAUCCCCUAAGCAAGUUGAAAUUCCCUUCAAGCCUGCUCGUGUGCUCUUGCAGGACUUUACUGGAGUACCCUCAGUGGUCGACCUUGCUUGCAUGCGGGAUGCUAUGAAUAAGCUCGGUGCUGAUUCUAACAAGAUCAAUCCGUUGGUUCCAGUAGAUAUUGUUGUUGAUCUUUCUGUUCAAGUUGACGCCAGAUCCAAAAAUGCAGUACAGGCUAAUAUGGAACUUGAGUUUCAGAAACAUAAGGAGAUAUUUACUUUUCUUAAGUGGGGAUCAUCUGCUUUCCAUAAGAUGCUCGUUGUUCCUCUUGGUUCUGGAAUUGGUCACCAGGUUAAUCUAGAAUACCUUGGAAAGGUUGUUUUUAACACUGAUGGCAUUCUCUACCCUGAUAGUGUGGUUGGUACUGAUUCCCACACAACCAUGAUUGAUGGGUUGGGAGUUGCAGGCUGGGUAGUUGGAGGAAUAGAAGCUGACGCAGCAAUGCUUGGUCAGCCAAUGAGCAUGGUGUUGCCUGGUGUUGUUGGAUUCAAGUUGUCGGGGAAACUCCGUAAUGGUGUCGCUUCUACUGACUUAGUUUUAACUGUGAUCCAAAUGUUGAGAGAGCAUGGUGUUGUUGGCAAGUUUGUUGAAUUUUAUGGUGAGGGUAUGGGUGAAUUAUCGCUAGCUGAUAGGGCCACUAUUGCUAACAUGUCUCCUGAACAUGGGGCAAUCAUGGGCUUCUUCCCUGUUGAUCAUGUCACGUUGCAGUAUCUCAAAUUAACUGGAAGAAGUGAUGAGACAGUAUCAAUGAUAGAAGCAUAUUUGCGUGCAAACAAAAUUUUUGUUGACUACAAUGAGCCUCAACAAGAAAGAGCAUAUACAUCUUGUCUACAGUUGGACAUGGCAGAUGUUGAACCCUGCGUUUCAGUAACAAAGCGGCCUCUUGAUCGAGUUGCAUUGAAAGAGAUGAAGGCUCACUGGCAUGCACGUCUUGAUGAGCCAGUUGGAGAUGAGGACGUUGCUAAACCAAAGGGCGAACGGGAGAGGAUCGAAUAUUUUGUGCAUACAUUUAUAUUUGGAUAUUUGCGUGCACGCAAAUUUUUUGUUGACAACAAUGAGGGCUUUGCUGUACCAAAGGAAGAACAGGAUAAGGUGGCGAAAUUUUCAUUCAAUGGACAACCUGCGGAACUUAAGCAUGGCAGUGUGGUCAUUUCAGCUAUUACGAGUUGUACAAACACAUCGAACCCUAGUGUCAUGCUUGGUGCAGGUCUUGUUGCAAAGAAAGCCUGUGAACUAGGUUUGCAGGUUAAACCGUGGAUUAAAAUGAGUCUUGCUCCUGCUUCUGGAGUUGUUACAAAAUACUUGCUCCAGAGUGGUCUGCAAAAAUACUUGAACGACCUAGGCUUUCAUAUUGUUGGUUAUGGAUGCACAACAUGUACUGGCAAUUCGGGGGAACUUGAUGAAUCAGUCGCUUCUGCAAUUUCAGAAAACGACAUUGUUGCUGCUGCUGUUCUUUCUGGAAACCGAAAGUUUAAAGGCCGUGUUCAUCGAUUAACAAGAGCCAACUACCUUGCUUCGCCUCCUUUGGUUGUUGCCUAUGCACUUGCUGGCACGGUUGACAUCGACUUUGAUAAAGAGCCAAUUGGAACAGGGAAAGAUGGGAAGAAUGUAUUCUUCAAAGACAUCUGGCCCAGUAAUGAAGAAAUCGCAGAGGUUGUCCAAUCUAGCCUGUUGCCUGAUAUGUUCAAGAGCACUUAUGAGGCUAUCGCAAAGGGCAACCCUAUGUGGAAUCAGCUGUCAAUCCCUUCUUCCACCCUUUACUCUUGGGAUCCAAACUCAACCUACAUUCAUGAGCCACCAUAUUUCAAGGACAUGACUAUGGACCCGCCUGGUCCUCAUGGAGUAAAAGAUGCCUACUGCUUGCUCAACUUAGGCUACAGUGUGAGUGUAACCACUGAUCUUAUAUCUCCAGCUGGGAGUAUUGACAAGGAUAGCCCUGCGGCAAAGUAUCUCCUUGAGCGUGGGGUUGCUCCCAAGGACUUCAAUUCCUAUGGUAGUCGCCGUGGCAAUGAUGAAGUCAUGGCAAGGGGUACCUUUGCCAGCAAUUGUCUUUUCAACAGGCUUAUGAAUGGGGAAUUUGGCCCAAAGACAGUUCACAUCCCAACAGGAGAGAAACUUUAUGUGUUUGAUGCAGCAAUGAAGUACAAGGCUGCUGGGCAGGACACAAUUGUCUUAGCUGGAGCGGAGUAUGGAAGUGGCAGCUCUCGAGAUUGGUCUGCUAAGGGUCCAGCGCUACUGGGAGUGAAAGCUGUGAUAGCUAAGAGCUUUGGGGCAACCCAUCGCAGCAAUCUGGUGGGAAUGGGGAUCAUUCCACUUUGUUUCAAACCUGGUGAGGAUGUAGAAACACUUGGAUUGACGGGUCAUGAGCGCUACACAAUAGACCUUCCAAGCAAAAUCAGUGACAUAAGGGCUGGCCAAGAUGUAACUGUGACAACUGACAAUGGCAAAUCUUUCACGUGCACCAUCCGCUUUGAUACCGAGCUGGAGUUGGCAUAUUUUGAUCAUGGUGGCAUUCUUCCGUACGUCAUCCGAAACCUGAUCAAACACUAAACAAUUGAGCUCCUGCGCCUACAUGAGCAUUUCCUGCACCAUUUAGCUAUUUUAGCUACCUAAAAAUACAUAUUUCUAUUUUAGAAACUAGUUUUUCAAUA